AACUGGCUUUCUAAUCACAUGGCGGGGGCAGCAACAUUCUCACCGUUCAUCACUCUCACCUCUACCAAACUCCUCUCCUCACUCCCACCAUCUCCAACAUUAUCUUCAUCCCCAAUUCCAUCACUUCAUCAACAACAAUUUACCACUUGCCGCCAUGGAAGCCCCAUACUGCACAUCUGCUACGGAAACUUGAAUGGUUUGACGGGAAAGGAAGCGGUGGGAAUUGAUGAAGCGUUCUUCGAUGAAGAAGAAGUGAUGGAGGAGGAGGAGGAGAGCGACGAAGACGACACAGAAAGCAGUAUUGAUUUGCUCUUCAGAUUCUUACACAGCAUGUUUAAGAAGGUUUCCAAGCGUGCUAAGAAGGCCUCUCGUUCUAUGUUACCCGACAUCAUAUCUCCCCAGCUGGUGGCUUUCGCUGUUGAUGGGGUUCUUCUUUUGGCUUCGCUAUGCAUCCUGAAGGCACUUCUUGAGGUGGUCUGCACCCUUGGAGGCAUGGUAUUCGUGGUAAUCCUUCUCCUACGUGUGAUAUGGGCAGCUAUGUCCUACUUUGAAUCGAGUGGGGAUAACUUCAAUCAGAGUGGAACGUCCUACAACAGGGCACAGCCAGUGACAUAAUUAUUCAUUACCCAAGGCUUUCUCCAUUCAGUCUUACUGCUGUAAAUCCUGAAAUAUUUUCGCCAUUUUGAGUUCUUACAUGAUAAUAUUGGCAUCAACUCUUUUAAUAAUAAGGGUAUAUUGAUUAAACCACAUUUUUUUAGGUCAAGUGAUUUCUGUUAGUGGUAUAGGUAUAGAUGAGUUUGUUAUUACAUUAUACCGGAGUAAUCCUUUUGCCUUUUUGUUUUU